AUGAUUAGCAGGGAGAGAGACAGAUAUGGAGAUAGGGAGCGGCAAAGAGACAAAGAGACAAAUAGACACAGAGAAGGGCAUCGCUUGAAGCGGAAGUGCAGCAGCAACAGCAGCAGCAGCAGCAGCAGCAGCAGCAGCCAUAGUUGGGGCUUCCCACAGGCACAGUGCAUGCAGCAGCAGCAGCAGCACUACUACCACUACGCCUACGAGCCGCAGCAGCAGCUGCUGCACAGCCACCACCAGCACCAGCAGCACUACCGCCGGCAGCAGCACCAGCAGCAGCAGCACCAGCGGCAGCAGCAGCAACAGCAGCAACAGCAGCAGUUCCUCUACAGCCCUGCUUCUUGUAGUACAAUAGCUCCCAGGGAUAUUUCAUCCAGCAGCAGCAGCAGCACGAGAAGCAGCAGCAGCAACAGACCUGAAAUUAGCACCAACUGCAAACACGAAGCAGCUGCAGCAGCAGCAGCAAGAACGGCGGAAGCAACUGCAGCAGCAGCACAGGGAGGAGCAGCAAGAGCUUUUCAUGAGGCUGCAGAAUGCAGCCAUGAUGCAGCAGCAGCAGCAGCUGCUGCUGCUGCUGCAGUAGAUACACCAACAGCAGCAGGAGCACCAGAAAGUGCAGCAGCAACAGCAGAGGGUGCAGCAGGUGCAGCAGCAAGCGCAGCAGCAGCUGCAGCAGCAUCACCUGCAGUGGACAAUGCAGCAGCAUCACCUGAAGUGGACAAUGCAGCAGCAGAACCAGCAACAGCAAGUGCAGCAGCAGGCGCAGCAGCAGCACGCGGAGCAGAUACUGCAGCAGCAGCAGCAGCACCCGCAGCAAGAAGUGCAGCAGCAGCAGCACCCGCAGCAAGAAGUGCAGCAGCAGCAGCAGCAGCAGCAGUAGCUGAUGUUUACAAAAUGACCGAAGGCGAAGUUCGGGUGUAUGCGCAGCAGCUGCAGGGGCUGACGAAAGUGCUGCUGCAGAACUUGGGGUGUAUGUACACCACAGCAGCAGCAGAAAUCGAAAGAAAAAACAAAAGGCUAGCAGCACAAGAAAAAGAAAUAAACAGACUCAAACUAAUGCUCAAGCAGCGGAAGGACAAGGGCCUCUAG